AUGCGUUUCUCUAUGAUCUCUGUCCUCUCCCUCGUCGGCGCCGGCGUGGUUGCCGCCACUCCCAUGGAAGGAUCUCUCUCUUCCAACGUGAUGCGCCGCGGCGAUUCCACCGACACAAAGGUGCAUGACGCCGCUGCUGCUCUGGCAGGCAGCAAACACGAGAACGAGUCUGAGACUUCGGAGUGUGUUGGCCCACUGCUUUGCUGUGGUACCCUCACCACUCCGUUGGACCACAUCGUGGAUCCCAUCCUGGAGGACCUCGGCAUUGAUGCCGCCAACAUCGUUGGCUCCAUCGGUCUGCUUUGCGACCCAUACGAGGCUUCCGUCUGCACCACCGAGCCCCAGUGCUGCACUGAGGCUAACCUUUUGGGUGGCACCGUGGCCCUUGGUUGCGCCGCUCUCAAGAAGUAA